AUGCUGACUCCAGCUCCAGAGCUUGGGGCCGUUGAGAGUCCCGAGGGAGUGGAGCACGUGACCGGAAGGACGAAGCAAACCAAAUUCUGGAAAUUGCAGGAGGCUAGGCAGAAGGGCUCCAAGGGCAGAGGGCACUCAUUCAUCGAAAAUGCCUUAUCAAUUAAAUACCAUCCCGUCGCCUGCGUUACAGCACCCACCAGACUCAAUUCUUUCAGAGGUCAACAAAACCAUGAUGGUGAGACGGAAUCAUUAGGCAAAACAGUAGUUCACCUCACACCUUUCAAGCGCAUUACCCAUUCCGACAUUACGUUCAUUUCGGAUGACACCACGGAACGCUAUAUUACCAAGAUAAAUGCUAAUGUCAUGGAGCAGCGUCAUUUCAUGUUCUACAUCAUCCCUGCCACCGGGUCCCCAUCCCUUUUGACGUCUGCCUCCUUCCAACGAAGAACCUCGGAUGGUCGUCUUCCCGUUCUUCUUGGAAGUUCCAGCAUAAAAGUCUUUCUAAUGAGGCGAUCCUUUCCGGCACGACAUGUCCUAAACAGGUAUGUCUACGUGCUUCUUGCUAGUAGUGCCUUCUUCAGACACUAG